UAUACAUCAUCCGGGCUAGUUGUUAGGCCCAUAAUCGUGGCGGGUGAUGUAAGGAUGCCAUAAAUAGGUAGGUACAACACAAGCGAGUCCAACAACACUCCCAUAACGGUCAGAAAUUCAUUCUCUCCGUCGGCUUCCUUUUUUAAUUCGCCUUGUGGGUUUAGGCGAUUCGGUUAGUGAUCCUCCGCUCCGCUUGUCAAUUACGGCAAUUGAUUGAAUGGGUGUGGGAGGCAAUUUCUGGGAUUUGCUGAGGCCUUAUGCUCAACAACGAGGGUUUGAUUAUCUCAGAAACAAACGCGUCGCUGUUGAUCUCUCCUUCUGGAUCGUUCAGCAUGAAACCGCUGUUAAGGGUUUUGUCCUUAAACCUCACCUCAGGCUCACUUUCUUCCGUACUAUCAACCUCUUCUCAAAGUUUGGAGCGUAUCCAGUUUUUGUGGUUGAUGGAACACCAUCACCUUUGAAAUCUCAGGCGAGAAUCUCCAGGUUUUUCCGGUCUUCUGGAAUUGAUACUUGUAAUCUGCCUGUGAUUAAAGAUGGCGUCUCCGUUGAGAGAAAUAAGCUGUUUUGUGAAUGGGUUAAGGAAUGUGUGGAGCUACUCGAAUUGCUCAGUAUUCCGGUGCUGAAAGCAAAUGGUGAGGCUGAAGCUCUCUGUGCACAGUUAAACAGCGAAGGUUAUGUGGAUGCUUGCAUUACUCCUGAUAGUGAUGCUUUCCUAUUUGGUGCUAAGUGCGUGAUCAAAGAUAUCAAGCCUAAUUCAAGAGAGCCUUUUGAAUGCUACCAUAUGUCAGAUAUUGAGUCUGGCCUUGGUCUGAAGCGGAAACACUUGAUAGCUAUUUCUCUAUUGGUUGGAAACGACUAUGAUUCAGGCGGUGUUCUUGGGAUUGGUGUGGAUAAAGCACUCCGCAUUGUUCGUGAGUUUUCUGAAGACGAGAUACUUGAAAGACUACAGGACAUUGGAAAAGGGUUGAAACCUACAGUUCCUGGUGGAAUCAAAUCUGUGGAUGAUGGUGAAGAAUUCCGCUCAGAGAUGAAAAAAAGAUCUCCUCACUGUUCCCGUUGUGGACACCUGGGCAGCAAGAGAACUCAUUUUAAGUCCUCUUGUGAGCAUUGUGGUUGUGAUAGUGGUUGUAUUAAGAAACCAUUAGGGUUUAGAUGUGAAUGCUCCUUUUGUUCCAAGGAUCGAGAGUUAAAGGAACAGAAGAAAAAUGAUUGGUGGAUCAAAGUCUGUGAUAAGAUUGCUCUAGCGCCAGAAUUUCCCAACAGAAAGAUUAUUGAACUCUAUCUAUCCGAUGGUUUGACGGCAGAAGAUGGCUCGUCAAUGUCUUGGGGAACUCCUGAUACUGGAAUGCUAGUGGAUCUCAUGGUUUUCAAACUGCACUGGGACCCAUCUUAUGUUAGAAAAAUGUUGCUUCCGAUGUUGUCGACCAUUUAUCUAAGAGAAAAGGCAAGAAACAGCACAGGAAACGCUUUGUUAUGUGAUCAAUACGAAUUUCAUUCAAUCAAGUGCAUAAAAACUAGAUAUGGGAAUCAGUCUUUUGUGAUAAGGUGGAGAAAACCCAUAUCUAUAAGUGGUUAUAGUCACAGUCAAAGCGAGCCAGAAGAAUCAAUUGUUGUAUUGGAAGAAGAACUGGUGGAAGAAGAAGAGUCUGUUGAUCCGUUAGAUGGUUUAAAUGAACCUCAGGUGCAAAAUGAUAAUGGUGACUGCUUCUUGCUAACUGAUGAAUGCAUAGGACUUGUUGAGUCUGCUUUCCCUGAUGAAACAGAGCAUUUUCUACAUGAGAAGAAACUGAGAGAGUCGAAAAAGAAGAAUGUUUCUGAAGAAACAGCAACACCAAGACCAACAACAAUGGGUGUACAAAGAAGCAUUACCGAUUUCUACCGUUCAGCGAAAGCAGCACCAGGUCAAAGUAUAGAGACUGGCGGGAGUUCAAGAGCUUCUGCGGAAAAGAAGAGACAGGCAACUUCUACUAGUAGUAGUAACCUUUCAAAGUCUGUAAGGCGUCGUCUCUUGUUUGGAUAGAACAUUCUUGAUUCUGACUUGAGAGUAAACCCAAUUUUUUGGUCUGUAUAUAAAAAGGAAACUUUGCAUUUUUUAAUUAAAAGAUUUCAAAAA